CUCUCUUUCUCUCUUUCUUUAUUCCUACUCAUUAUCAUGGUUAACACUCGUAGUUCAUCUAGAAUUGUAAACAAGGCCAAGGCUGAACAAUCAAGAGUGACAAGAAGAAAGAUGCUUACGGAAGAACUCGUCUCUGACAAUGAUUUUCAAGACCCAAUAAUUGGCCCUACUGAAAGCACCAUGGCUCUUAGGAGAAGUCCUAGAAAGCGCUUGAGAACAAGUACGAGCAGUACAAGCCUUAGUAGUACCAGUACUUCUGUUAGUGCUGCUAGCCCUCGCAAGACCCGUAGUCGUCAAACGAGUGUUAUCAUUGAAUCUCAAGCUCACAAACAAGAAAGUGAUGAAGAAGAGAGCGAUGAAGAAGAAAUUAAUCCUUCGACUGCUGCUUCUUUCGAUAGUGACGAAGAAGAAACUAUAGAUAGUGGUAUCGUAACUGCUAGUGAACAACCAUCCGAUUCCGUAGCAGAUUCCUUAGAGCCUGAGUCUGAGUAUGAAUUCGCGCGACUUGAAUCUCAAGAUGAGCAGUACCAGUUAGAGGAAACCCAAGAGCCUGAAACAGAAUUCAGUCAGUCCGCUCAAACUUCGUCUUCAUCAUCUGACGAAGAAGAAGAAGAACAAUUGGCGGCUACGCGGAGGCGAAGAUUUGUAAGAAGACAAAGAGAUCCAGUGUAUGAGCGCAGCAGAAACCAUGUAUUAAAGCAUCAUCCUGAACUCAAGACUGUCUGGGAUGACCUCAAGAAUACCGAAAAGGCUCAUAUUGAACCUAUUGAGCAACCAAAAGAACUAUCUUUGCCUCUUUUACCUUUCCAAAAGUAUGGUGUUGGUUGGAUGAUACAACAAGAGUCUGUCAAUACGGAUGAAAUGGGUAUGGGUAAAACCAUUCAAACAAUCUCUCUCCUUUUAAGUGAUAAAAAGAAACCAAGUCUUGUUGUUGCACCAACCGUGGCUGUUAUGCAAUGGAAACGCGAAAUUGAGACACACACAAAUAACGCGCUUUCUGUUCACUUAUUUCACGGCAGCAAACGAACAAAUAAAGUAGAAGACUUACAGAAAUACGAUGUUGUAUUGUCUACUUAUUCCGUGGUUGAAAGCUGCUUUAGACGUCAAGAGUAUGGCGUGAAGCGCAUGGUGCGCGGUAAACCUGCGCUCGUCAAGGAAAAGUCUGUUCUUCAUAAGGUAGAUUGGCACCGUAUUAUUCUUGAUGAAGCACACAACAUCAAAGAUCGUGCAUGUAAUACAGCUAGAGCAGUGUUUAAUUUAAAAGCCAAUUACAGAUGGUCCUUGACAGGUACGCCACUCCAAAAUCGAGUAGGUGAGCUCUAUUCUUUAAUCCGUUUUAUGCAAGCAGAUCCAUACGCCUACUACUACUGCAUGAAUUGCCCCUGUAAGCAGAUCAAUUGGAAGUUUUCAAACAAAAAAGAGUGUGACGAAUGCGGACACAGACCAAUGAACCACAUGUGCUGGUGGAACAAUGAGGUUCUGAAGCCAAUUCAAAGUAACGGAUAUAUCGGUGAUGGUCGCAUAGCUAUGGAAAAACUUGGACUACUCCUUGACAGGGUCAUGUUGAGAAGAACUAAAGUGGAAUGUGCUGAUGAUCUUGGCUUACCUCCUCGUACGGUGAUGGUUCGAAGAGAUAUUUUUAGUGAAGAAGAGGAAGAUAUUUACCGUUCAUUAUAUUCCGAUGUGUCACGUCAAUUUGCCACUUAUGUUGAACAUGAUACUGUGCUCAAUAACUAUGCUAAUAUCUUUGAAUUGCUCACCAAGAUGCGUCAAUGUGCUGAUCAUCCAGACCUUGUUACCAAAAAGGCGUCAGAUGCCCAGCAACUUGUAUGCAUGCUUUGUAAUGAUCCUCCUGAAGAUGCUAUCUCUGCUGCUUGUAAACAUGUAUUCUGUAGAGAGUGCUGCAUUCAAUAUUAUAGUAGCUUUGAUGAUUCAGAGGGUGAAGUGCCCAAAUGCCCAUCCUGUUUUGCAAACUUCUCAGUUGACUUGUCACAAGAACCUAUCCAGUUAGAAGGGAGUAGUGGAACCAAUGGUAACUAUUCUAGAACCAGUAUUGUAAACCGCAUCAAUAUGGACAAGUGGAGAAGUUCUACCAAGAUUGAGGCGCUUGUUGAGGAACUUUCUAAACUUCGUCGUGAAGACAAAACGAUCAAGAGUAUCUUUGUUAAUUUCCUUGACCUUGUCUAUUGGAGAUUGUCUCGUGCAGGAUUUGAAUGUAUUCGACUGGAUGGUACCAUGUCUCCUGCUCAACGUGAUGCGGCUAUUCAUCAUUUCAUGACUAAGCCGACAUGCACCGUAUUUCUUAUUAGUUUAAAAGCCGGUGGUGUAGCAUUAAACUUAACAGAAGCAAGCCGAGUCUUUAUUUGUGAUCCUUGGUGGAACCCCGCUAUGGAUCGUAUUCAUCGAUUAGGACAGCGUCGACCCAUUCGAAUUACGCGAUUGAUUAUAGAAAAUAGUAUAGAAAGUCGUAUUGUUCAGUUACAAGAAAAGAAGACAGCGUUAGUCGAAAGUACAGUUGGUAAAAAUUCAAAGGCUCUUGAUCGAUUGUCUGUUGAGGAUUUAAGAUUUCUUUUUGUCAUGUGAGAAGAGGACAAAGGAUGAUAAUAAUAAUAAUAUUAAUAAAAAAAAGGCCAUGAAAAAUUUUCAUAUGAAACGCUUUGGAC